AUGCCGGCGAGUUACCGGUAUUGCGGCCAAAAUAUAAUAGCGAAGCUAAAAGAUAAAGUAAAGCUUAAAUUGUACGAAAGCGCUUGGAGCGCGAAGGAUUUAAAGGACCGACCCCGGGUGCCCAAAAGGGCACGAAAAAAAAAGGUUAAAAAAACAAUUUUUGUUAGCGAUAGCACUUUUAGAGCAGGCCCGGGUAAUUACCGAAAGGGAUCGAGCAAAUUUAAAAAGGGCAUUUGCGACCUCGCACCGUUUAUAAUAACGCCCGACGCCACGUCGAGCACGUCGGAAAAAGCCGUUGGGCUACCGGAACAAAACAUUAAAAAAGCCCCGCAAAUUUCCAACAAUUUCGAAAACCUUUUCGUUUUACGUAAAGCAAAAUUACUUUUAAGCCUUUUAUGUUUAAAAAAUUGGCAAUUUGGCAAAAUAUCGCCCAUUAUAUUAGCAAUUACGAAUUUAUUUUCGAAAACGAAAAGGAACGUUACGCAAUUAAAAAGUUCGCGGGGGAUACCGCUAUUAAGCAAAAGGAUUACGAAUCGUUUAAAGCGUUUCGAAUUCGCUAAAAUUUAG